AUGGCUGAUGCAAUUGUUAACCUUGUCUUGGAGCAGCUGGCUAAAAUCGCUGCUCAUAUCACUACUCAAAAGAUAGGGGAAGAGGUGAGGCUUGUUGGUAAUGUCGAAAAUGAAGUAGAAAAACUUCGGAGCAAUCUUGAAGCCAUUCAAGUUGUGCUACUGGAUGCAGAGGAGAGGCAAAUGAAGGGCGACAGAGCUGUGAGACGUUGGUUAGAUAAGCUCAAAGACAUAUCCUACGACAUGGAAGAUGUGUUGGAUGAGUGGAAUACUGAAAUCAUGAGGUUGCAGUUUGAAGGAGAACUUGAACAUGCUCAUGCUCCUAAGCAGAAGUUACCUUCCUUCUUCCCCUGUUCUUGCUUUGAAAAAGAUACAUUCAAGUUGGAGAAACUGAAGAGAAUUGAAGGACCCGAACGAGUUUCAAGUACGUCUUUUGUUGAUGUGGCUGAAAUAUGUGGUCGAGACUUUGAGAAGGAAUUUUUAGUGAGUAAGUUGAUAGAUGAGAGAAAUAAUGAACAAAAAGACCUUCCUGUUAUCUCACUUGUUGGGAUGGGAGGAAUUGGGAAAACAACUCUUGCUCAACUAGCUUACAAUAAUGACAAGGUCAAAAGUCAUUUUGGCACAAGAGUCUGGGUGUGUGUAUCAUAUCCUUUUGACGAGUUUAGGGUUGCCAAAGCAAUCAUGGAAGGACUGGAAUGUUCUACCAUGGAUUUUGUUGAAUUCCAAUCUCUUUUGAAUUGUAUUCAUCAAUCUAUUACGAGCAAGAAAUUUCUUUUCGUUUUAGAUGAUGUGUGGUUGCAAAAUAACGACAAAUGGAAACCAUUUUAUAAUUGUCUAAAGAAUGGUUCCCAUGGUAGUAAAGUUUUGAUUACUACAAGGAAGCAUACAACGGCAUCUGUUAUGGGGUCAGUUGAUCUUAUAAUUAUGGAGAAAUUAUCUGAGGAGGAAUGUUGGUCGGUGUUUGCAAAAUUCACAUGUUAUGAUAGGCCUCUUAAGGAGUGGGAAAAGAAAAUUGGAAGAGAAAUUGUUGCAAAGUGCAAUGGUUUGCCGCUUGCUGCUAAAACUCUUGGUAGUCUCUUGCGAUUUAGAAGAACUAAAGAUGAAUGGCAAGAAAUUUUAGAUAGUGAAAUUUGGAAUCUACAAGGGAUUGAGAAAAUUCAAAUUGAGAGUGAUCUUUUUUUACCUCUGAAGUUGAGUUAUAAUGAUUUGCCAUCUAUCUUAAGACGAUGUUUUUUAUAUUGUGCUAUCUUUCCAAAAGAUCAUAAUAUAGAAAAGGAUCACUUGAUUAAAUUAUGGAUGGCUCAAGGUUAUCUUGGAUUGGACAAUGAUGCAGAGAUGGAGGUAAUAGGCCAGAGGCAUUUUGAUCAUUUAGCAUCUCGAUCAUUCUUCCAAGAGUUUCAAAAAGACAAUGAUGGGAAUAUCAGAAGGUGCAAGAUGCAUGAUAUAGUUCAUGACUUUACUCAAUUUCUCACUAAGAACGAAUAUUUUACUGUGGAAAUCGAUCAGGGCAGUGAAGAGCUAGUCAUAAACACUUCCAAUGAGAAAGCUCGACAUUCGAUGCUAAAGCUUAACAGAGGGGCUACAUUUCCCAUCUCCAUUUCUAGCAUCAAAAGUUUGCGGAGUCUUUUAAUUGAUUGUGCAGAUUCUAUGUAUUCGGUGCCUGAUGAUGUUCUACCAAAUCGCUUUGGUGAAUUGACAAGUCUAAGAGCAUUAGACAUAAAUGCAAGAUUCGAAAGCUCGAAUUUGAUUACAGUGAUUCCAAAAGAGAAACUUUAUGUGAGUUAUACAAUCUGCAAACUUUAG